AAACGAAAGCUUUGAUAAACGAGUGGUUAUUAAAAUACUUUCUCAUUUUGAAAGUCUUAUAUCUAAUUAAUUGCGAUGAAAAUGAUGUUCAUUUUGACUUUAAUAAGUAUUUCAAAGUUAAUGUAGCGACUAAUAAACCGACCGUCUUUGAAAAGAUGGUCACACUAUAUAACCCAGACGUAUGGCCCGGACCUAACGAUACCCACCACUCGUCCACAACCACUCCAAUGCCACCGAAAGCGCCGAGAAAUGCAAAGUUUGUGUUUGGUUUGCGACGAUCCGGAGUCGAGACACGAAACCUGGGCUACGGUUAUGACUACAAUGACACACAACCCAUUACUCCCUAUCCACCCGUCUAUACCACACCACUAACAAUAAGUCCAAUUAAUAGGAAGUUUUACGACUUUAAUUUCAAUCAAAUCAAUAACAAUACGGUUUACAAUCGACGAAACAUUACACGAGGUUUUAGGACUUUUAUACCAAAUGAAUACGGAAUCCGAUACCGCACUCCCAGACCAGUGUUCAGAGAGUACAACACAUCCCAAAUACUGCCCGACUUUAACAGCCAUAAUCAGUUCCCCGAUUACUAUUCCAGUAGACCUAUACUUAGACCUGUUCUCAGACCUGUACUCAAUGUUUAUAACAAUUCCCAAGACUUUUUCACCCGAGACUAUCCGCACAUAUCCCGAGACUUUCCCGAUGUCAGAAAUUUCACACUUCAGACAAUUAGUAACCAAACGUCAAAUACAGCGUUCAGAUGUGAAUAUCAGAGAUAUUUCGGAUAUUAUGCCGACGUCGGCUCCAAUUGUCGGGUCUUCCAUGUGUGCACACCUGAUGGUCGAAAGGCAUCGUUCAUAUGUCCAAAUAGGUUGCUAUUCAAUCAAAAGCUAUCGGUUUGCGACUGGAGUUAUAACGUUGAAUGCGAUCAAUCCGUUAAUUUUUACGACACAAACCUCAUUAAGUUUGACAAUUGGAAUAAACUAUUGUUUAGCAGAAAAAAGUAAAACUAAAACUAAGAAUAUCUUCACUAAUUCAGAC